AUGCAUUUAAAAGAAGAGCCUCAGUAUAUCAAGUUGGUCCCCGACUUCAAGCCGCUUCCAAAGUACGGCCAUCUCUCUGAAAUCACCCCGGAAUUUGCCGCUAUCAGGAGUGCCGUCGACAAAGCCUACGAAGGCGAUGCUGCCAUCCCGCCUGGUGGUCCGGAUCGAUCCAAGCUCGUCACGGAAAUUCUACACUUCCCCGCGAGAGACGGUCACUCGGUCGAGCUGAAGGUGUAUAAGUCGCCAAACGUGGUCGAAAAUGCGACACUAGUUUAUCGGAUGCAUGGUGGAGGGUGGGUGAUAGGAAACCACGAGACCGACGGUGCGGAGAAUGUUUACGCUGCAUUCAAUCCCAAUCUUAUUGUUAUCAGCGUUGAUUAUCGCAUGGCCCCUGAUCACCCUUUCCCACAACCUAUUAACGACUGCUACGAUGGACUCCAAUGGUGCAUAAAUAACGCGCAGUCACUCGGUGUUGAUCCCUCUAAGAUCAUUCUAGCCGGUAGCAGCGCCGGUGCCAACCUUGCCGCUUCUCUAGCACUCAUCGCGCGGGAUGAGGGAAUCAAAGGCAUCCUUGCCCAAAUCUUGAACUUCCUAGCGUGUGCCAUCCCAAAUUCUUCCCGAAAGAUAAGUACGAUCAUCGCAUGCGGUGGCGAUGUCUCGUCUGCCGUGCGAGGAAGGUUCGAUGCGACCGAAGCCUGCCGGGUGUACGAAAACGUAAAACCGACGCCUCCGCUAGUAGAAGAUGCCGAGUCUACGAGUGUUCAACCUAGCGCGGAGGUAAUCGAUGAUGGGCCUCUAGUACCUUUGCAGGAUCAACAGGGGAGCUCUAUUUCACUCGAGAGGCCAGAUUUGCAAAAUUCGCGCGGAAAUGAGAAUAUCCGUUGGCUUCACAGUGACUCCCUACCAGCCGAUGAAACGCGGUUGAAGAUGCUCUUCAACCUAUACUUUUCUCGUAUACAUAAUCUUAGAUGUUUAGGAUUUAUUCAUAAACCGUCCUUUAUGCAUUCUUUCGACAAAGGCACGCUAAUUCAAGAUUAUGGCGACCCGGUGGUACAUAUGGUUGCCGCGUUUGGAGCCAGUUGCCUGUACUUUGACAAUCCACAGCUUCGGCACUUGGCUGCAUAUCCGGAUAACUCGGUUGCGGCUGGUGUCUCGGCCAAUAUUUCAUGGACUGGCUAUCCUGCGAUUCCUCUGCCAAUAUCCGACGAGAACUUCCUAGCAAGAAUAUUCCCUCCGCAAGCUCCGCGCAUGGCGGAUGAGGCCUUCGCGAAUAUUACAAACACGCGCAUUCUCAACUUACGCUCCAAUACUAUUCAUUUAGUCAAUCUCCGCUUCAGGGUUCUCAGACUCAUCCGCGAGCAUCGCACAGCGGAGGAUGUGUCUUCUCCGGGCUCGAUUUCCUCCUUCUAA